CAUAUAUAAAGCGUAGCGGAGCGAGUCGAACUCGGAUUCAACGCGAGUUGCCACCUAGGUCCGAAGGAGGGCGCGCGCAGCACCUGGAAGAGCGCCUCAGCUGCGGAAGCACCAGCAAGAACAACACAGACUCGCGAGAAGCACCACCAGAAGGAGCAGUACCAGUGAGCUGCACCGAGACGCACCGUGACCACCACCACCAACCGCUAGUCCGUGGAGAGAAGGCGCUUUCCGAUCGAAGCUCGCACCCGGGCCCAUCUUGUGCGCGUCCGCAACUCCGACAACCGUCCCCUGCACGCCGCCCUUCCACACAGAAACUUCUCCCACCCGACCCCGAAAGUUCGUGACCGUAGUGUGCGACGCGCCCCGAAAGAGACAGAGAGACCCGCACGCGACGGGCCACUUUGGCACCGAGACCUCAGACGCCGUGGUAUCCGGUGAGCUCCGUGGGCCAGCUGCUAUGAGCCGAAGCCUGUUCUCCGCCCAAGCGCUGUGGAGCUGCGUCUGCUUGACAGUGCUGCUCGGUUCCCUGCUCACUGACGCUGAGCUGGACUGCAGGAAGUACCCGUUUUACUACAAGUGCCGGGGUAUCAGUGCCAAGCGCUCAUAUGUACCAUACAACAAGGCUGAGCCAGUGUCUCUGAAGGAGCUGUACAGCGACGACGACGAGCCGAAGAACAGGCAGAAAACGCCGGAGGCGGUGCUAGCCUGGAUCCGCGACAGGUAUGGCGACGAGGCUCUCGACGCGUACGACCGGCGACAACUCACCGAGGGCUCGUUCGAGCGGAAGCCGGUCUUCUGAAAGCCCACCACCAUGCCCCUCCUUCCCGACACACGUCCGCACGCGGGCGUCGCCUCUCACCUGGAAACCGAGCGCCCCCGUCUCGAACGGCCCGCGGCGCUGGGGUCGUCCAGUGGUCGUCGCGGUUCUGCGGACGCCCACGCGUGGCGCCACCUGCAAAACAACGUGUCCAUGCGAUUUGCCCAAAUAAAGGCCCUCCGGGCCCCAUAGCUGCCCCAAUCCUACUUUGGUUACGUCCAGUAUACAUAUUAUAUAUAGCGUGCUAGCAGCCGCGGACACCAGUUGAGGUGUUCGCUGUUGAUCACGUAUGUGUAGUGUGUGCGUGUUCCUGGCAGUGAAAUUAUUUCUACAAGUCAAAUGCUUCGCCUGUCGCGCUCCCGUCCUCUUCCUGGCAGUGUUUUUCUUUCCUCGGAAGCGGUACUUUAAACAGGAUCUUUGCGGGUUGUGUAUUUUGGGAGCGUUCAUUACAAUCACUCAGAUUCAAACAUAAAUUAGCUCUAGGUGUGCUACAGUGUACUCGCGACAGUGCGCUUAAAUCAUUCAAUAAAGAUACAACCCUUGCAUACUGCAAAGCGUCAAUCGUGACUCAAGCAACUAAUCAGUGUUGCUUCCUUUAGCAUUGUUGGCAGCAGAAAAUUUGCAGGAGGAAAACGGCUGCUAUACACGUUAUACUUGCCUUUCAUCUUUAAUUGGUGAGCCAUCAAUACACACAAGAAAAGUAAAUAAAAUCACGCAACGGACAUACACAAGAAGGUACGCAAGACUCACAGCAGAGCGCAGCUUAGAGGACCUGGAGAAAAGUUUUGUAACCUUAACCAAAUGCGAUCCUUAACGAUUUCCAGGUAACAGCUGGUAUACGCACCCGAUGCCAGAUAAAUUGUAAAACAACAUAGUGCGCAUAGGAAAUAUAGCAGGUGCACUGGAAACACAAAAUCAGUGCAUCAGACUACGUAAAUCAAUGAGAAAACGCCAAAGAAUCUUUCUCGGACCGCAUAAAGUUUACACCUUUAAUUAUUUGAUUCUUGAUCUUCGUCCAUGAAACUGUAUCGUCACUUUUCCUUUUUCAUCUACAGUUCUCCUAGUACACGUCCUAUCGCGUACCAUAAGUAGUCAGUUUAUAUAACACCAGAGAACAAAAGGAUUAAUUUCUUUUAAUACCCUAAUAAAACUGAGAGCUCGAAAGUGCACUUUCUUUCAUAAUAUAUAUGAAAAAAAAAUAUGGAGACGGCGGCUCGAACUAUGUCAAAAACGAGGCAACUAUUACCGGCGGACCUUAUCCCCGCCUGCCGUGUGCAGAUCUAUAUUACCGCGUAAUUUUACACAUAUUGUCAACUUGUACGUCUGUAGUUCCUAUAGUCGUCGGGCGGCUGUGUUAAAACAUACCCUCAGGUAUGCUCAAUUUCUGAUGCCAAUAGUCGCUUAACUUCCCAAUCACUGACAAACCCGAAUCUGCUCCUUCGUCAAUGGACGAGGGUUGCUAGCGCGAAUGAUACAGGCAUUAUGUCGCCUGUCGGUUCAAAUUGCCACUCCUUCGUCAACAGGUGCCGUGUUGCUUCGUUCAUUCUCACAAUCGUGACUACGAUUGUGCCCGACCUUCUUUUGCAACUCGCGAAAGUUUCACACUCCACCGCUAUUCGAGGCUACACGCUUUCACCUUGUGUGUGUGCCUGUCACUCCCGCCAUCAGCCUGCUUUAAGAGACUUCCGAACUUUUGGAAAGGAUUCUUUUAACAUUCCAGAAAGCGCAAACGCGGUGCACCUCGAUUGUCCACGCACUUACGUUAAGUUCAAGCGGCUGCCGUUGUCGGCGCCUUAUGAAUCCUUAUGCUAUGAUAUCACUUUCCGUGUGUGUGAUACAUAGACACCGUUGUACGUGUACAUACAUAUGCGAACGUCGGAACGGCCCUUUACGUUUCGCCUUCCACGCGUCAUGACACCGCUACGCAGAUUGACGCGAAGAUGACCUGUACUCGAAGAUAAAACAUGUGCAAAAUCAGUGUUCUUUAGUUUUUGCAUUCUCUCUAUACUGUGUGCGCCAAAGUAGUGAAAUAAAAGCAACCGAAA